AUAAAUCAUUAAAUCUAGAGAGAAAAAGAAAAUAUAGUACAAAAUUAGGAAAUAAAAUCACAAUUCAAGAAUUUACAAAUUUGGCAGGUGAAUUUUGUUUAUAAAGGCAUUAACUCAUUAAGGGCAAUAUCGACCUUUGCUUCUCUUCUACGCGGUUCAGCAAUUCUCUCUCGCCUCCGCCGUCGGCAACAUUCCGAGGAAGAGAUUGAAAUUCAGAGAGAGAUGAUGCGAGGAACAGGGAAGAAGAAGAUUGAAAUCAAGAAAAUAGAGAAAGAGUCAUCACGAAUGGUGACAUUCUCUAAGAGACGUAGUGGUCUGGUCAAGAAAGCUGUGGAACUAGAAGACAAGACGGGAGCCCGUGUGGCCUUGGUGGUUUUCUCCCCCAGAGAUCACGUCUACACUUACGGCGACAUUCCCGCCAUGUCCGACCUUGUCGAGAGGAUCACCAACAACUCCAAUGCCGCCAUGUCCGACCUUGUCGAGAAGAUCACCAACAACACCAGCAUCGUUCCUUACGACGCCGGCCAAAUGCAGGACAACGGUUCCACUUCAGGUUCCGCUUCGGGUUCAAAUUACACAAAUCUAAUGAACUGGGUGGAUAGCAUCGACAUUGAAGGAUGUAACAAUUUGGAAGAAACCUUGAAGUUGAAGCAAAUUUUGGAAGUCCUUCUGCAAGACUGA